CGGAGCCGUGUCCCCGGCGCCUGGACUGCACCCUGCAGCGACGAGAGUUCUGCCCGCUGGGAUCAAGCACCUGCGGCCCCUGCCUGCCCAACUUCCUGGAGGAUGGCCAUGGACACUGCCUGCCAGAGAAGCGCUCGCCCAGCGGGAGGACAUCUGUUCCCAGCUUAGAGGAUGAAAUUGACCUUCUGGCGGAUGUGCUGGCCAGGCAAGAUGCCACCCGCCCCCACGCCCUGCGAGAUGGCAAGUCCAGGACUACCCCAGCCCCCACUGGGAGACAACGAGCGCCUGGCAGGCUGAGGCAGGAGCUUCUGCAGAGGGACCCGGCCAGCAGCAAGGCGGCUGCCACCCUCCCCGCCUCUGUCACCACCACUGCACCGAAGUACCCCGUGGAGGCAGCCCCCGUCCCUUCGAAUGAUGACGUGGUGCUUGGGCUGAUCGUGGUGUGCACUCUGGCUGGGAUCUCUGCUCUGAUUGUGGCUGCAGUCUGCUGGUGCAGGCUGCAGAAGGAGGUCAGGCUGGCACAGAAAGCAGACUACUCAGCACAGAGAGCGGUCAGCCCUCUGCCCUACGACAAGAUCUCGCCUGGGGACAAGACGCUGGCUCAGAGCGCGCAGAUGUACCACUACCAGCACCAAAAGCAGCAGAUGCUUUCCAUGGAGAAGCAUAAAGAGGAGCCCAAGGUGCCGGACUCUGCCUCAUCCGAUGAGGAGAACGAGGACGGAGACUUCACAGUGUACGAGUGCCCCGGGCUGGCUCCGACCGGAGAAAUGGAAGUGAGGAACCCGCUGUUCGACGACUCCUCCCUGCACCCCCCGAACCCCAAGGUGCACCCGUAACACCCCACGCCCGAGCUCGCUGCGGACGGCACGACCCGGGCAGGGCACAGCCCCCCCCCCGCCGGACUGCUCGACGCCUGCCCAAUAAACACCCACUAACAGCCAUGGGACGGGGCUUGCCCUGCUUCAAGCGUCCUUGUCCUCUUUGCCGCUGUGAUCGCGUCCCUGCCACCCGCUCACUGCUCCGGGGCACCCCGAGGGCUGAGGGGGUUGGGGAUCCCUGCUGUGCUGUGCUUUGCGGAGGGGCAGGGGCCGUGUCCCGGUGCUGCAUCCUCAGCGCGGCAGCAACCUGCUGUGAGGUGGCCCUGGGCUGCCCCGUCCCACCUGUGGGGCUGGUGCUGAGAGCAGUCCCGGUGCCGCUGAACCCCUGGGUGGGGGGACCCUGUGCCCGGGCUGUGCCCACUGCAGGCAGAGGUCAUCCUCGAGGCCCCGACAGCUCGCCAGGAUCUCACCCCAGGCCUCAAUGCAGUGAACGUUCAGAAGGGGUUAAGCGUUUCAGUUUCAAGUCUGCGGAGGAGGAAGGGGAGAGGAGUGCAGGAGCUGGAGGCCAGGGACAUUCACCAUUCUGGCAGUGUUGUGCUACGCCCUGAGCCCCACAGCACCCGCAGCGUGAGUGUGGCUGAGCCCAGUGCCGAGCAGGGGCAACCAGACCGCCCCCCUCACAUGCCAGCAUCUCCCUCAGCUCCUGCCCUUCUGUGUCUAUGGCCCUGCCUGGCAGACCCAUGCCUUUCUCAGCCUCCUUGUGGAGCUGGCCCGAGCAUCCGUCCCUGGCAGGGGACAGUCUCCUCCCGUCCAUCGUGGACUCCCGCAUCCCACUUGCACCCUCUGCCCAUGUCUGUGUCCGGGUGGAGCAUGCAGGAGCCUGGAGGCGGGGGUCAUGCCCUUGCCAGCUGCCAUCAACAUAUCCCUGAUGCUCCAAGCCUGAAGUCUCCACUGCAUUGGUCACAACCCCUCUGGACAGGGCCCAGGAUGAGUUUGGGGUUGCUUCUCACAGAUGUGGUUUCAUGUCCUGAGCCCAGCAUGGGCAUCACAGCUGCAGGUGUCCUGCUGCAUGCAGGAGGCCCAUUGCAGGCGCAGUGCAGCGGGGAUGGCAGCGUGGCCCCGUGUCAGCAUGGCGGUGGUGUGGGGAUAUCUCCCCUCAGGGCUCCGUGGCAGCAGUCGUCACUGCACAGAUCCUUUCUCCUCGCCGUGCUGUUACACGUGGGUUGCUGCCCCUCUCCCUGAGACCCUUGUUGUUGUAUGGAUUGUAGUUAUUUUAAAAGAAGAUUUUAUUAAACGACCAUGUUUGAGACCGA